AAUCUUGUUAUAUAUUUAAUGCACCAGAAAAUUAUUACUCGAUGCACAUUGAUGCAUGAAAAACGGGAAAGAAGAUUAAUAAUUAUUAAAAAUCUAUUCUACGGUCCACAGGAUGAAAAUGUAGCCUGUGUUUAGUAAAUUCAGUUUCAACAUUUCAUUCAACUCUUUUUUUCGGAUAAGUUGCAUUCAUAGUAAUCCCAAAUUAUUUUUAUUCCAUGACUUCUUCACCCUAUAAGACGUUAUCAGAAAAUGACAGUAUUAGAAGCUGAAGACGACACAGAUGAACGAUCGGCACCACCGAGGAAAAAGUUUUGCUUAUCCCUUUCAGGACGAAGUCGUUCUGUAGGAAAAACUAAUAAUUUUGAGCCCACUGUCGGAGGGGGCGUCUUGGAUCGUCAAUCCAAUUUCUUCGGUACGAGUAAAAUGUUGAAUGGCUGCAGAAAUCAAUCGAAUAGUCAUCAAACAACAAAUUACGAUAUCAUGGGUCCCGGUUCCGAUGGUUUGAGGAUAGCAACUCUUUGCAAUCUUGGGAAUACCUGUUUUUUAAAUAGCGUUCUCUAUACUUUGCGUUUUACUCCAUCAUUUUUGCAUAAUUUGCAUCAUCUUGCGAUCGAUUUAUCGAGUCUCAAUGACAAACACCUGCAAACUAAGAUGAAGUCAUCGUCUUUAGGACGAACUGGUGUUUCCUUAUCAGCGAGUGGAAAUCGCAGUAUGAGUAGCAAAGAUUUAUUGGCGCUGGCAGGCCCUACAGAAUACAAUAAGCCAAGAAUUCAAGUAGCCACGGAAAAAUUACACGAACUCUUUAUUGCCCUAAGAGAAUCGGAAGUGAAGGAAAAUAGUGAACCUUUUCAACCCGGUGCUUUCCUGCAAGCAUUGAGGGAAGUGAAUAAUAUUUUUGAGGGCAAUCAACAGCAGGACGCUCACGAACUUUUGGUGUGUUUGCUGGACAAUAUAAGGGAGACAUUUCAAUUGUUGGUUAGAUAUCGGGAAAGUCAAUUUGGUCAGACAAAUGGUGGAAUUUCUGAUUUUUCAGUAGAGCGCGCGAUUGAUUCUCAAUCAGAUGGUAAUAUAACAUCGAGUAAACGACGCACGAAAUGGAAGAAGGUAUUACAAAAAGGCAGUACAAUUGGUGUAGUACAAAAUUUAAAUGGCAUUCAGUCGUCAUCGAAACCAGCUGAGAAUGGUUAUUCUGAAUUUACGGAAAGUAAUGGCGAUGUCAAUUCACAGCAACAUAGACAUGAGAGCAGAAAGUGUUUCAUUUCAGAGGAUUUUGAGGGUGUGAGUUUAUUGCGAACAACGUGCCUCGAGUGCGAGCAAGUCACUGAGAGAAAGGAAAUUUUCUGCGAUAUUUGUGUACCAAUUGAUAUCGAUCAAUCAAAUGACGACGACGAUAAGAAAAAGGAUAAAAUGAGUAGCAGUGAGGUUUAUAGAAGAGCGGUGGUAACCAGUGAAUUACUUUGCGAGAGAGAUAAAUAUUGGUGUGAACAUUGUCUUCGACUUAAUGAAGCUCGACGAGCGGUUUGCUUUCCUUCCCUACCUCGACUUUUAAUAUUGCAACUGAAGAGAUUUUCCACUGCAGCUGGAUCAAUGGAGAAGAUAAACAAUUACAUGCCAACGCCAUUGGAUUUGGAAUGUUUUUGCGAGGAGUGCUAUAGCGAACAAUCACAAAGAAGUGGUAGCACAAUUCGCGGUGAAUCGCGUCAUUUAUAUCAACUUUAUUCAGUGAUAAUGCAUCAGGGUGCAACAAUGACUGCAGGUCAUUAUGUCGCAUAUUCAAGGCUACCCGAUGAAUCAAUGGAAUAUUGUCGCUGUAAUCGUGAUAUAAAACGGCCAAAUCAAUCUCAACAUAGUACGAGCAAUACAAAGAAUCAAUCUCUAAUUUCCAAAUUUUUGAGUAGAAGUAAACCGAACAUUAAUGAAAGUAAGGAGACAUCGAUCAAGGCCGGUUGUCGUAGUGCAGAAUGUUGUGGUAUUCGACAGGGUAAACCCCUGGGACCUGGUAUGUGGUUGGAAUGUGACGAUGAAACAGUGCGCGUUAUUCAAGUGCAAGAACUCCAGGAUAAACUCGCACACAAUCCACGAAAUUCAGCCACUCCCUAUCUUCUCUUCUACGUGAAAACCACAACGUAAGCAUUCCAAACGUUUCAAAAUUGUAUCCCUUUUUUUCUCAAAUCCAAAAAAAAAAAAUUUCUUUCUCGAGCUUGUUUAUCAACAAAAAUGAUUUUUCGAAACAAUUUUUUGAAAGAUGGUUUCCUGAAGCCUUUUUAAUUAUUUUAUUGAUUUUUUAGUUAUUUCUAUUAUUUAUUAUUGUCAAUUAUCAAUUAUCAAUUACAAAUUUCAAAAGUGAUUUUAAUUACACUAUGUAUCGAUUUAUGAAAAUUUAUUUAAUCAUUAAUCAUAUUUCAAAGAUAUGCAAAGCUCGAUGGAAAAAUUUAAUAUAUGUCACAGAGAGGACAAAUAAAUGUUGUAAAAUUAGUCUGAUCGUCAAAAAUCAAAUACCCUUCUCGGCAUGAAUUUUUAACCAAAAGAAAGAAAAGAAAUCUAAAAACAAAAAUAGUCGACACUCUCGAAACAAUAGAAAUAAUCUGCAUGAUUUGUUUUUUAAAAAAAUGCUAAAGAAUUCCGUAAAAACCAAUUUUUCAAUUUUCUGAAUUUUGAAAAAAGAAAUUUAGAAAUAAAAAUGGUCGCUCCAAAAAUAGAAAUUUUGUUUAUUUAAACGAUUAAAUAACUUCCACGUUUAAUCACAAGGAGAUAAUGCAGGGAAAAAUGAUUUUUAGAUUUUAAAUACAGAUUCCAUUAAUAAUUAAAAAGAAAAUAACUUUGGAACCUCAGUAUUAACUUAUUUACAAAUAAUUUAGGAGAAAGAGGGAAAAAAAUUCUACUCUUAGAAAAGAAGAAAAAAAAACAGCUGGAAAAAUAUAGUUAUUAAGUGCAGGGCUGCUAAACACUUUUUUUUUAAAUGAAAAGAAGAAUUUAAUCAAAUCACAAGAAAGGUGUAAAUAAUUUAUUUUUCUUUAUUUUUGCAAACAUAUUUUUAUUAUUUUUAAGUAUACAUAAUUAUUAAAUUAUGAAAAAAAGGAACUUCCAUAGUUACUUGAUUUAGUAACGUUAAAACGAAUGCUUCUUGUAAAUAUUUACCAUAUUUUUAAAUUAUAUUUUUUCUUUUUCUUUUUUCUUGAAUAAAAAUGACUAAUGAGGGAAGAUUUUCAAAAGGGAUGAAAAGAAAUUCCCUCGAAGUGAUAUAAUGAUAUCAAAUAUUGUAGCCCUGCGGAAUAAUUAAAAUUAAAUGUUUAAUCGCCGAAUUAAUUCGUGGACUGUAUUGCGCAAUUCUACUAUUAUUGAUAAAAAUAUAAUCUUCUCAUUUUUGAAUCUCAUUUCUCUCCGUAGAAAACAGUGAAUUAAUUUAUUUUCGAUGCCUAAGUACUUGGGUGAUUUUAAAGUAAAAUAAAAAAAUUAUUUAACUCUA